AUGUUUGGCCGAAAGCGCGUUGAUGACAACGGCGGCAGCUAUGAAACGACAGCCACCGUCGACCCCAAUGUGCGCGCGCGUACAUGCACGAUGAGCGACUCCGAGGUAGCCUCUCCGCGCCGCCCAUGCGAACCGAUCGGGGAGAGACAACAUGACUCGCCGCCAACAAAGACAUCGAGCGAUGCAGAGACCAAACCUGCAAACAAUGGGCCUGCGGUAGACAUCAAGGCCCUCACGGAUCACACUCUCCACUUCUUGGCGACGGCAAGCAAUGAAACGCUCGGGGCCUGCCUUGUGGGACUGGGCGCCGGAACGUAUCUAAUAUUAGGCCGCGUAGGGCUGGUCUUGAUCGGGGUCGUGGGCGGCGUCGUCCUUCAUGCCACCUGGGAUUCCGAAGCCCUCUCGCAUCAUGGCGCCAGCAAGGAGACGCAGUGCAAGAGCGCGGAAACUCGGCGGCGUGAGCUCGGCGUGGACAUUGCGCACAGAGUGCUGGACUGGCGGAGUCAACAUGGGCAAGGGAAAAGGGGCAGCCGCAAGCAUGGUGAUAUUGACGACGACGACGGUGAUGAUGAUGCAUCCAAUCUCAGCCUGAAGCUGUACUCUGGCACCAAGCUGGAUUACUCCGACUUCAAACCAGAGACGGCCGCAGCUCUCACCGAGCUGACAGACGCUGUCAUCCGGGACUAUGUCAAAUGGUGGUACUCGCCUGUACUCCCUGCCGAAGAGACUUUUCCUGAUUCCUGCCGUCAAGUCUUCAUUGCCUUUAUGCUAUCUGUCUCGUCCCAUCUCUCCCGAAAGCGACCUGCUGAUAAUUUUGUCGACUUUGUCACACGCUCCUCCUCCUUUAUGAUUAUAUUAUUGCAGGAGGUUUCUGUUGCCAUACAGAAUUCGCCGGGUGACGUGCCAGGCGAAGCUGUGGACAUAUAUCUAAAGAUGAAGAGGAAUAGCACACUCGCCAGCAUCCUAGACCACGACUACCAGAUCAAGCAAUUCAGUAUUGCUGCCGAAGACAUUCUUCAGAACUAUCUGGAGCCAAAGACGUAUAAUUGCAUGCCUGCACGCAUCUUCUUGCAUCAGAUUUUGGCCAAGGUUAUAUUAGAGAUGGUUGUUGUGACUUGCUCGAAACCCGAGUGGAUCAACGGAUGGAUCAUACAUCUCUUGGAAGACGGAGAACCCGAGCUCCUGCAUGCCAUCGACGCAGGUGUCGAGAAAUCAGCCGAGCAGUUGCAAAAUGUCAAAGACACUGUUGCGAGAGAAGAGAGGGCAGCCGGCGGAGAUCUCACAGCUUCAGCUCGGAGAGAGCACAAGCGUGUUGUCAGUAAAGCACAAGAGGCCAUGGAUGACGCUAUGCGAGAAGCCCAGCGGCUGAGCCAGAUGAUUGCCGAGGAGGACGCGAAACGCCUCAAGGAGCAAUAUAGGGAAAGCGCAUCAACAUCUACCUUGAACGAUGAUCACUCAGAAAGUACAACACAAGGUAUCGUUACCCCAACAUCUUCACAAAGCGAAACACCUGCGGACGAGUCCUUGGAUCUGAAUAUAUCGGGACUCUCGACGCGUUCCUUGUCGCAACCGGCACUUGCAACACCCCCACCUGCACCCGCACCCACGCUCGCACCCGAAGAACAACCAAAGCAAGAAGCCAAGAAAGCUUUUACAAGCUUCGAUCAAUUGGUGCCACACAGUCCGCCCACAGCGUUGUCGGACAAUCCGCCUCCUGUAGAGAGGCCACCCCCCUUGACCCUGUACAAUAGCACCAUGUCCAUCUUCGAUGACAGUGUGCCAGGAGAAAAGGGUACCAUAAAGAAUAAGCCGACUGCAGAAUAUCUUAUUCAAAUCGAGCCAAAAUCGCAUCAUCACACGGGAUGGAUGACUGCGCGUAAAUAUGGGGAGUUUGAGACUCUUCACGAAGUCAUGCGCCGCAUAGCUGCCAUCACGGGCACUACUGGUUUCGUGGAAGCUCAUGCUACCUUGCCAGCCUGGAAAGGACAUACCAAAGCAUCUUUACGAGGAGAGCUUGAACGCUAUCUCAAUGAUGCGGUCAAGUACAAACCACUUGCCGAAAGCGAGGGCAUGAAGCGCUUCCUGGAUAAGGAGCUCGGUUCUGGCAAGUCUUCUAGUGGUGGGUUCCCUGGCAUGGGAUGGGCCGGUCAAACCUUUGAUACUGUGGGCAAAGGAAUGCUAGACGUCAUCUCAAAGGCCCCAAAAGAAGUCGCAGGAGGCGGUAAGGCUUUCUUUGGCGGUGUGACUGGCGUUUUAGGCAGUGUGACCACACCUCUGGGGAAAAAACGAGAAUCUGUCAACAAUGCCACUAGCAGUAGUACACCAACAUCUGAGAGUGCAACUCCAGCUCCUAAGCGUCCUUCGGUGUCUACUGCACCCGCACAAACACGACAUACCCGAGCCGAGUCGACAAUUUCUGAACUGCCAACCCAUAUCCGAUCAGAAAGCACAUUGUCUCUGGUGUCCAAACGGACCUCGAUGGAAUCAGUGCGUGAUGCACAUUCCCCUGUCAUCGACCAACAACCUCAGCGCGAAGCCCCAAUGGAGCGUCGACCCUCGUAUAAUCCCGACGGUGAUGGCAAACGUUCGGGAAUGUCCUCGACUUAUGCGUCCCGUAGCAACAGCCGAGCACCAAGCAUGAGGGAAAAGAUGGAAGAACUGAGUCCUGUCAUGGGUGGAGAUCAGAUCCUCAACCUUCCUCCUAUACCCAGCGAAAUCUCCGACGACUACGCUGCAUCACGCUCACAAGCCGAUCAAUCAUCGGAUCUGAAGCCACUCCCAACACCCACGGCUCUGAAAUCUCAACCAACAUCCGAUCCAGCCACAACACCCUUGCCCACCCGCUCUCACACAGCAGAGCCCACACCCUCUUCUCCCUCCAAACCCCCCUCCUCCACCAGAUCCUCCCCCAGAAAAACCCGCCUUUCAUCCCAACAAGCCCAGACUCCCCUCUCAGAACCCGAAACCACCGUCCUAGUCGAACUCUUCUUCGCCGUCAUCAACGAACUCUACACCCUCUCCUCCGCCUGGACCCUCCGCCGCACCCUCCUCAACGCCGCAAAAACCUAUCUCCUACGGCCCGGCAACCCCCAACUCUCCUCCAUCACCUCGCUACUGCAAACCACCAUUCUAGACAACAACACAAGCGAUGCCGGCCUCGCGUACCAUAUCCGCAAGAUUCGGGCCAGUGGCUUGCCCACGGCCGAGGAGCUGGCGAGUGCGCCGGUGAGCGAGUUGAGCGACGAGGAAAAGGAGAGGCUCAGGGAGCGGGCGAGGCGGCUGUUGGUGGAGAAGGGGAUGCCGCAGGCGUUGACGAGUGUCAUGGGUCAGGCGGCGAGUGGCGAGGCAUUGGGCAAGGUGUUUGAUGUGUUGCAGGAGCCUAGGGUGGCGAGGGGGGUCAUGUUUGGGUUGGUUUUGCAGGGCUUGAGGGCGCUUACGCAGUAG